GCCCUAGUGGCGCAAUCCAUUUCUAAUCGGGGCAUUGCAUUUAAGCCCUGCAACACUCUCCGCUCCAGCAACAACUGCCUGAAGCACUUUUCUAUUUCAGCCUCCUCAAAUGGAGCUGUGCACUACUCAAUCCCUUUCUAAUCUUCCCAAAGUUUUCACCUCAAAGACCAUUCUCCUCCGCUCCAAAACCGCCUUCACUCUCCAGCAAGCCCAAAUCCCUCGCUCCGGCCUCCUCUGCAGCCUCCACUCCCGAUUUCUUUCUGUACCAAGAGCAACAGCACCUGAGGAAUCUUCGACCGGAGCAAGUCUGUAUGCCACCGAAGAACGAGAUUGUGCAGUGGUAGUAGAAGUUGAUCCUCCAAUUGAAAAGAGAGUGUACAAUGAGAGCAGGGCAACUGGAGCGCCCCUGGAUGAUUCUCCUGUUGAUGAACAAGUGAACGGGUUUUUGGAUAACCUGAACAUUAAGAAAAGCGGGUUGGAGCUCUGGGCUGAUAACUGGGAGUAUUUUGACUCUGAAGAUACUUAUUCUAUUCUGUUGUAUGGUGGUGGUGCCCUGCUUGCCCUGUGGUUAGCAUCAGCCAUUGUUGGUGCUAUUGAUUCUAUUCCAUUGUUUCCUAAGUUGAUGGAAGUUGUGGGUCUUGGUUACACCAUCUGGUUCACUACCCGCUAUUUGCUAUUUAAGAAAAGUAGGGAUGAGUUGGCUGCUAAAGUUGAAGAGCUUAAGCAACAGGUCCUUGGAACCAGCGACAAUUGAUGUGCAGGAUGUAUAUAUUUUUUGGCAUAAUUUUUAUUUGUUCUGUUAUUGUAAUAGUUGAAUGAGUUAGAUAAGCUUUCUUGUCAAUAAUUAGGUUUCUAGAUUUUUAAUAUCAAUAAAUAGAGCAACGCAUGUUUUUUAUCAUUGAAAUUAAUAUAGUUAUAAAAUUUCAUUA